ACAGUUUCGAGAUCAGCAACUCUCGUGAAGCAGAAUAACCUUCCCCAAACAUGUACGUGGCCGUUAUUUGCAUUAAAUUCCUGCUGCAAGCCUGCCUCCAUAAGGUGGGCGAAGUGUCGCGGUGGGUGAUGAAGCUCAUAGCUUUGUGCAAAUUUGAGAUCGGUGAGACAGGACGAGAAAGAGUGAAAGGAAGCAAAGGGAAGAGCGAAGGGCGUGCAAACAUCCCCCUCAGUGUCAAUUACCACUUCACCCGCCAGUGCAACUACAAAUGCGGCUUCUGUUUUCACACCGCCAAGACAUCUUUUGUGUUGCCCCUGGAGGAAGCCAAAAAGGGACUGAAGUUAUUGAAAGCAGCCGGUAUGGAGAAAAUCAAUUUUUCAGGAGGAGAACCUUUUCUACACGAUCGUGGAGAGUUUCUGGGGAAGCUGGUACAGUACUGUAAACGGGAGCUCAACCUGCCCAGUGUCAGCGUUGUUAGCAACGGGAGUCGGAUCACCGAGAAAUGGUUUAAAAGCUACGGUGAGGAUUUGGACAUUUUGGCCAUUUCAUGUGACAGUUUUGAUGAAGAAACCAAUCGUCUUAUUGGCCGUGGGCAGGGAAAGAAAAGUCAUAUUGAGAACCUCCACAAGGUCAGACUGUGGUGCAAGGAUUACAAAGUGGCUUUUAAAAUCAACUCUGUCAUUAACAGAUUCAAUAUUGAAGAGGAUAUGACUGAACAAAUCAGGAGUCUGGAUCCAGUCAGGUGGAAGGUAUUUCAGUGCUUGUUGAUUGAUGGAGAGAAUGCUGGAGAACAAGCCCUAAGACAUGCGGAGACAUUUAUUAUCAGCAAUGAAGACUUCCAGAGGUUCUUGGACCGACAUAAAGACAUUAAGUGCCUUGUCCCUGAAUCCAAUGAGAAGAUGCGAGAUUCCUACCUCAUCCUUGAUGAAUAUGCCGGGCAAGGCAUGGCCCCAACAAUUGGUCAGAUUCAGACCCAGGAGCAAGUCCUACUGGCCCAUCGCCUGCUUCUUACCUGCAGAUUAGGCUGGCUCAUCAUAACACCAUGCCCAGCAUAUUUCUUGCUUUGUAAUGGUGGUUCUGGGCAUGAAUGAUUGAUCCCUCCUUGUGUCUGUCUGUCCACCGUAUCUUUCUCUCUUCUUCGGAGUGGGCCGCUAGAACAAUAAGGUUUAAUGUGUAAGACAGAGAGAGUUAGGGAGUGAAAGGAUAGCACUCAGCACUAUUGGCUCAGGCCAAAAUAUUGCAACAGAGGCUUUAUAUUCUGUAAUAUACAACUUCUGUAAAAUUGCAAUUUAAACAAUGCAUUAAGCAUAAUAUUGUUACAAAACUUUGAUAUGUGGUGCAGUAUUUCCUGCAAUGCUCUUGUACUUGAAACAUUACUGAUCAACAAGAUAAUAUUUAUUACUACAAAUAAUAGUCAAAGCAAAUUUACAUAUUGAAUAUUUUGUAUUCCUGUUUAUUUCAAAUAAUUAUAGGCCAACAUGAGCAUGGAAUUUUAUGUCCCAGUUUCUUCAAAAGAUUUUUGAAGGUUGAAUUUCUGUGCAAAUCACUUGAGUUUUCACAUUAAUAUCAUCUUGGUGUAUAUUUUCAACAUAGGUUUGAUGUUUAACACAGAAAAUCAUUGCACUUUGUAGAAUAACAUCAUAGACCUUCAUAUUUUUUUACAAUGAAUGUUUAAAAUGGUUUAAAGAAUCAUGCACAACAUUGUUACAGGACCUUGAGGUGUUUUGCAAUAUUCAAAUUUCAAUCUGUUCUCAAAGCCACUGUUCCACCAGCAGUUUGCUUUUUGCUUAGGCACAGUUACAACCAUUCUGAUAUAACUUCAGAGUGUUGGUUUGUUAUGAUUGUCCAUUGAAACUACUGUACCAGCCACUGAGUUGGAAAGUGGAGAGGACUUACAGCAAAACAAAUCUAUACUUUAUAGCAAGCAAAUGAGAAAAGCACUUUGUUUCAAACCUUGGCAGAGUGUAGAGAUGCAGAGGUAAAAGGUCUUAUUUUUCAUUCACGACAGAUAAGCUAAAAAGCAAAAUACUCAAGGAGAUUUUUAUUCUUCAUCACUCCUGUAUUCUUCACUAAUUUUUGUAAAAACGUGUUUUUCUUCCCCCUCCUCUAUCCAACUUUCUCUCUUAAUCUGCAUUUGAUAAACUCUUUCCUCAUUUCUGUAAGUAUUCAUCAUAUCUACCAUACUGAUUUCUCAGUCACCCAUUUAGUCACAUUAACAAGAAUAUAUACAUACUUUGAGUAUAUAUAUACAAUUAAACCGUAGUGAAACAGGAUCUCCUCAUACAGCAGGAACAUUUCAUCUUUAUAAGUGUGAGUAAGUUGAUGGAGUUUAGUGGUUGACAUGAAAAAUGAGUCCACAUAUUUUAAAUGACCUCAGUAAAUCACCGAGUGACAUUCCAUAUCCUAUGUUGUUAAGAUAUUAUAGUUGUCUAAUUCCUAGCUGUAUUUUCCCAGAAACAUACAAAUUAUUUUAUAUUUUAGAUGGAAUUUACAAGAACUUGUAACUAAUAUGGCUUUGUUAACACAAUAAGGUUGACAAAGGGCUUCACAUGAACAAUGUCAUACGAUAUUUGAUUCAUGGUCAUGGAAGGAAUAAUUAGGACAGGAAAGAAUGUAGUUUUAAGAAGUAUCUUAAAUAGAAGCACUGUAAAGACACAUCUCCAGGGUUUACACACUGUCAACUGAAGAAUGAUAAAAACCAGUUGUGUGCAGAAGGCCAGAGAUAGAAGAGCAUCAGGAUCUCUGGAGGGUUGUAGGUCUGGAGAAGACUACAGAGAUAAGGAAAAGAAGACCACAGUUGGGUCUGAAAAUUCCACCGGAUGCCAAAGUGCAUUAUGAAGUACACAUAUGAUAAUUGAAUAGGAUUUGGUGCUAAUUAGGAUAUUAAUAUUGCUUGCAACUUUUAAAAGUAUGCCUUUGCUUUAUCCAAGACUCAAUGUAUUCAACUUAUAUUUCUGUUAAUAUAUUUCCUUAUUUUGUAUCAAUAAGUGAAUUAAAAAUGUUAAUAAAAGUGGGAAAAUCUGUGGUGCCUACGUGGUAUUCAAUACUUUUGAGGGUAAAUUUACUCAGAGAAGCAACACUUCUCAUUUACCUAAUAUUGAACAGAUCUUUGCCACUUCCAUAAGACGUAUGGAGCCCCUGUAAGUAUGAUGUAAGUGUAGUUAUGAAAAGCAGGAAGAAAACUACAUCCAUCGGAUGAUGACAAAUUCCGUUUUCUCCAUUGACUGAUCUGCUGAGUGGUUUCCAGUUAACAGCAUCUGGAGUUUCUACCGACCCUGAUACAUACUGCGGGAUCCUGAAUA